AUGGCGAGAAAAUGGAGCAAACCUAGGGUGCUUCUCCUUUUAAAGCACCUUACCCGACCAUCUCCACUGUCCGUACCUCGCCUACAUCACCUACGAUGCGAACACGUGGGGACAUGCCAACCCCCAACAGUCGAAGCAACGCGAUGCGAAUUGAUGAGACCUCUCGCAGACCCCAACGUUAGCUGCCAUUCAAUGCGCCGCAUGCUCAGCCAACCACCUAUUGCCACAUCACACCCACUCAAGUACACCCCUUUCAAAAUCUGGCGCCAAAGGCUUAAAGAAGACCUCAUCAACUGGGAACUUAGGGGCUGCAUAAACCAACUAGACCUGCACUGA